ACCCGUCCAGUUGGUGGCGGAAAUACACAUUUUGGGUUGUAGUUCGCCAUAAAACCCACAGAAGAAGAAGAAGCUGUCCAAUACCAGCUAUGACUUCAGCUCCACCUCCUACAGAGUCAGGUGUUGGUGGCAGGAUCUUCUACAACUAUGCCAGGAUCCAUUGAGGAAAUUAAAAUGAACAUGAUCAAAACAUUUGAGUGGACUAAUUAAAAGACCAACAGGAUAGAUCAGAGUCAGAGACCCUUAAUGAUCAGUCUACCCAGAGUCAGCUAACAGAUCUCGCCUCUAUAUUCAAGUUGCUUGAGCAACAUAUCAUCACUUUUGUGAAGAGUGAGCUGAAGAGGUUGAAGAGGCUUCUGACUCCAGAUUACCCAGAAUGCUUUGACAGUCAGGAGGAAGAUCAGGAAGUGGUGGAUACUGAACAUCAGGAGAGCAGUACCUGAGCAGGGACUCUGAAUAUCACACUGCAUAUCCUGAGGAACAUGAACCAGAAGGAACUUGCUGACACACUUGAGAAAUGUUAAAUAAGUGUAGCCUCACAGUGACGUCCUGUGGAGCCCUUGCCUCAGCUCUCAGCUCAAGCACCUCUAGUCUGAUAAAGUUGGACCUGAGUGCCAAUGGCCUCCAGGAUUCCGGAGUGGUGCUGCUCUCUACAGGCCUGGAUAAUCCACUAUGUAAACUGGAGACAUUGAGCCUGUCAGCCUGUCGAGUCAGAGAGGAAGGCUGCGCUUCUCUGGCCUCAGCUCUGAGGUCUAACCCCUCCCACCUGAGAGAGCUGGAUCUGAGCAACAAUAACCCAGGAGACUCAGGAGUGGAGCUGCUCUCUGCUGUAUUGGAUGAUCCUCACUGUAAACUGGAGACACUGAGGCUGUCAAACUGUGAUGUCACAGACAAAGGUUGUGCUUCUCUGGCCUCAGCUCUGAGAUCAAACCCCUCCCACCUGAGAGAGCUGGAUCUGAGCUACAAUAACCCAGGAGACUCAGGAGUGGAGCUGCUCUCUGCUGUACUGGAGGAUCCAUGCUAUAAACUGAAGACACUGAGGUUGUCAAACUGUAGAAUCACAGAGAAAAACUGCACUUCUCUGGCAUCAGCUCUGAGGUCUAACCCCUCCCACCUGAGAGAGCUGGAUCUGAGCUACAGUAACCCAGGAGACUCAGGAGUGGAGCUGCUCUCUGCUGUACUGGAGGAUCCACUCUGUGAACUGAAGACACUAAGUCUAUCAUGGUGUGUUGUCAAAGAAGAAGGCUUUGGUUUUCUGGCUUCAGCUCUGAGGUCAAACCCCUCACAUCUGAGAGAGCUGGACCUGAGCAAAAACACCUUAGGAGACUCAACAGUGAAGCUGCUCUCUGUUGUACUGGAGGACUGCUGUCACACUGUAGUGUCACAGAGGAAGACUGUGCUUUUCUGGCUUCAGCUCUGAGGUCAAACCCCUCACACCUGAGAGAGCUGGAUCUAGACUGGAAUCCAGUAGUAAAAUUAGGAUUGAAGGAGCUCUCUGUGGUGCUGGAUGAUCCACUCUGUCAGUUGGAAACACUGAGGCUGUCAGGUUGUAGUAUCACAGAGGAAGGUUGUGUUUCUCUGGCUUCAGCUCUAAAGUCAAACCCCUCACACCUGAGAGAGCUGGACCUGAGCUACAAUUAUGAAAUGACUUCAUCAGCAGUGAGUCAGCUCUCUGCUGUACUAGAAGAUCCACGCUGUAAAUUGGAGAUACUGAGACUCCAUUACUCUGAUUACCAAGGGGAAGCCUUUUCUUAUCUGGCCUCAGCUCUGAGGUCAAACCCCUCACGCCUGAGAGAGUUGAAUGUGAUUGGUUCCCCAGGAGACUCUGGAGUGAAGCUGCUCUCUGCUGCACUGGAGGAUCCACACUGUAAACUGGAGAAACUGAUCUGUAGUUUCCCAGAGCAAGACUUAGCUUAUCUGGGUUCAGCUCUUUGAUCAAACCCUUCACACCUGAGAGAACUGGACCUGGAGUUGGAAUUCCCAGAAGACUCAGAUUUGAAGCCUCUCUUUUCUGUACUAAAUGAUCCACUCUUUAAACUGGAGAAACUAAGGCUAUCAGGAUGUCCUAUUGAAGAGAAAGGCUGUGCUUUUUUGGUCUCAGCUCUGAGGUCAAACCCCGGCUCCCACCUGAGAGAGCUGGACCUCAGCAACAAUAACCCAGGAGACUCAGGAGUGAUGCAGCUCUCUGCUGUACUGGAUGAUCCAUGCUGUAAACUGGCAACGCUGAAACUGGCAGACUGUGGUCUUACAGAGGAAGGAUCUACAUCUUUGCCUUUAGCUCUGAGGUCAAACCCCUCACACAUAAAAGUGCUAGACCUCAGCCAGAAUACACCAAUAGACUCAGGAGUGAAGCUGCUCUCUGCUGUACUAGAGGAUCCACGCUGCAAACUGGAGAAAUGAAGCUUGUAUUCUUGUCAAAUUAAGGAGGAAGGUUGUGCUGCUUUGGCUUCAGCUCUGAGGUCAAACCCCUCCCACCUGAGAGAGCUGGAUCUGAGCUACAAUAACCCAGGAGACUCAGGAGUGGAGCUGCUCUCUGCUGUACUGGAGGAUCCACUCUGUCAGCUGGAGAUACUAAAGCUUUGGCACUGUGCAAUCACGGAGGAAGGCUUUGCCUCUCUGGCUUCAGCUCUGAAGUCAACCCCCUCACGCAUGUGGCAGCUGGAACUGAGUGGGAAUGAUCCAGGAGAGUCAGGAGUGAAAUUGUUCUCAGCUCUACUGAAGGAUCGACAAUGUAGACUGCCCAAACUGACAGUCACUGGCUUGGGUUAAACCCUUCGCUAGAACUCUGCUACAACGACCCAGGAGCCUCAGCAGUGAUCAACCUCAAAUGAACCUGUUGGAAUCAAUGGAAAUUAUAUGACUGAAAUUCCCCUCAAAAGUUCAAA